CACGGCACGCAUCUGAUAGUCAACAUGCCUAAGACUUCGUUUGUACAUCUGCAGGUUAUGCUGUGGCUUUCUGCAUCCACAUCGCCGUACUGCUUUCAGUCUGCGCCCGAUCUACCUCACGGACGGCCGAGCAGGACUGGGAUCUGCCUACCGAUGAAUGCUCAUUCACUGCGCAUGACGUCAUCAGCGGCGGAUCUACUAAAGGACCAGCGCGACAACAAAUUCUUCAGAGGGCACGGCACGCAUCUGAUGGUCAACAUGCCUAAGACUUCGUUUGUACAUCUGCAGGUUGGUUACUUCGGAAAUGUCUUUUGUUAUAGAAGUGAUGAUCGGUUUUUGUUACUAGUGCCGUGCCCUGGCAGAUGUUUCAUUAUUCUGUGGCAUUGUUGUACAACAAUUUCACUCCUGCUGUCGGGAGAUAUAGAGCAAAACCCUGGGCCUACAAAUGCUCAGAUGCUACAAGCAAUUCUAGGUAACCAAACGGCCUCGGACCGCAAAAUAGACACUAUUAAGGAUGAAAUCAAUGAAUUAAACACACGAACUGAGAAAUUAAGCGGAUAUCUUGCGGUAAUACAGGAAAUUAAUAAACGAAUUCAGAACCUCGAACACAUCGUGCAGGAGCAAGCUGAAAAACUUGCAGAUUAUGAAAACCGGAGUCGACGCAAUAAUCUUCUGGUGUUUGGUGUUCCCGAAAGCAAGGGCGCUUCAGUGUUUGAUUUAAAGAAAGUUGUGAUCGACAAACUUUUUAAGGAAACCCUUGGUGUAGAAGUCCAAACGGUUGAAAGAAUCCACCGAAUUGGAAAGGAAAAGCCAGGGAAAGAUAGGCCCAUAAUUAUGAAAUUUUAUGAUUACCGUGAGAAAGAAAGCGUCCUUCAAAAUUGCAAAAAACUGAAAGGGACAGCUAUAACCAUUAGCCACGACUACGCGCGAGAGACAGUUGAAAUAAGGCGCAAGCUAUGGAAGAGUGCAGCUUCAGAUAGGGCUAAUGGUGCCCAGGUUAAGUUGGUGCAUGAUAAGAUUAAAAUUAAUGGUGUUUUAUAUGGUUGGCAUGUCACUCGAGAUGAAAGAUACCUGUGUGGAAACCGAAAAGAUACACGGAAACAGCGAAAUGCUCAUGAGGCUGCCGACACAGUCACGCGUAGUGAACAAGAAGAGAACACGUCAUCUAAGGCGCUGGGAACGCCAUUUUCCUCACCACAGGCAUAG